UGAAAGUCUGUGAAGCAGAGGAAGAAACAUGGAGCAACUCAGAAGCAUCCUACUGUUGGUCAGUGUUGCUGCUCUCAUCCCCACACAGGCUGUACCUCAGUCCAGCCUGAGCUACCCCAAAGCCCUCUCCACAGCCAUUCAUUUCUACAACCAGAUACAUGGCAGAGAGAAUGCCUUCCGGCUCCUCAAAACCUACCCUCCUUCACCCAGUCAGGAGUCAGAUGAGCAAGUUCCAAAGCUUCUGAGCUUUACCCUGAAAGAAACCAUAUGCCCAGUGACUGAAGAGCUUCUCCUGGACCAAUGCGACUUCAAAGCUGAUGGGCUGGUGAAAGAAUGUCAAGGCUCAGUAUCCAAUGAACAGGACACUGCUGCCAUCAUCCUCACCUGUGAACCAGUGGCCCCAGUGCCCUCUCGUUCCAGAAGAACCCCACUUCCCAGACGAAAGAAUGGUUCAAAGAACAACAGAUACAGAACAGGCGGAUACUCCCUGAUUUCCAUGAAACACCCCACAGUAGCCUGGUCUUCAAGACUGGAGAAUUUGUAUAAGACUUUCUUCCUUGGUAGAAAAAACAAUGUCUUGGUACUAAAACUUGCCUGUGUGAGAAGUGGAGUUGGUGGAGCAGCUUUGAAGAAGAGAGAUAUUAUUCCUUUCUUGCCUUAAGGAAGACAUAAAUUUUGGGACACUUUUUCUCAGAGAGACCCAUGGAAAGAGAGACAGAUGGACUUUGGAAGGCAGAUACGCAGAAGAAAACUGGUUCCUCGACAUGCCCCAGAAGAAUUUGUCUUCUUAGAGUUUUGAGAAAUUGUCCCUUGGAUGGGAAUGUGGUGCUUCUCUCUUGGUUGACACUCCUAAAGUCGAAUUUUGACUCCAUGUAUUUUUUUCUAGCAUAUUCUAACUCAUACAACUUGUCUGGUUUCUGUUUGCUAUAUGCUUAGAUAAAUGGAUUUGCUCAUUCUCCAA